AUGAUGAAAGAAAAAGAUAAGAAACAGAAGAAAAAAAGAUCAGUAGAAAAAAAAGAGUAUCAUAGUUCCUGUGAAAGUAUGAAGGAUGAAGAGAGUGUUUCUUCUGAAGGCGAAAAUAAAAAAAGAAAAAACAAAGAAGACGAUAAAGGUAUAAGAGAACGAGAAAAAAGUAAAAAACUUGAUGAGGACAAAAUGAAAAAGAAAAAAAUAUACGAAGAAAAUUAUAAUAAUGAAGAUGGGAACAUAAUAAAAAAAAAGAAAAAAAAUUCACAAAGUGAAGAAAUGAACAAUGAUAAUAAAAAUAAUGAUAAUGAUGACCAAGAUGAUGAACAUAAUAAUAAAUAUAAUGAUUGUAAAAGAAAACAUAAAAGUAAUAGUAAAAUUAUUGAUGAUCCAAAUAAUAGUGAUAAUGAUAUAAAAAGAAGGAAAGAAAUGAAAAAAAGACGAAAAAAAAAAAAAAAUGCAAAUAAAAAUGAUACAUAUAAAAGCGAUACAAGUUCAAUCAAUUCUAAUAUGUCUAAUAAUAAUAAAAAGAAUACUUCGGAUAUUUCGGAAAUGUCAGAUAACUCGUCAACAAAUAUAAGAAGAAAGAAAUAUAGAGAAGAAGUAAUGAGAAAAAGAAAAAGAGAUAGAAGCUCUGAGUACAAAAUUAAAGGAUCCUAUAAAAAUGUUGAAAUACGAAUGAAGAAUAAAAAUAAAUAUAGAAGUUUAGAACGAAAAAUGAAAGAUAAAUAUAGAGAAAAGAAAAAAGGAAGAAGUCAAAAUUCAAGCAUCACUAAAAGUGAUCAUUCUAGUAAUGAAAAGAAUUAUAAAAAGAUUAAUCAUAAUAAUAAGUAUACUAGUAACGAUGAUGAUAGUAGUAGCAAUGAUUCUUCAAAUAGUAAUAAUGGAAGUAAUAAUGGAGGUAAUAAUGGAAGUAAUAAUGGAAGUAAUAAGGGAAGUAAUAAGGGAAGUAAUAAGGGAAGUAAUAAGGGAAGUAAUAAUGAAAGUAAUAAUGAAAGUAAUAAUGGUAGUAAUAAUGAAAGUAAUAAUGGUAGUAAUAAUGGUAGCAAUAAUGAUAGCGAUUAUAGUAGUACGCAAAAGUCACGUAGAAACAAACUUAUAAGAAAUGUAAGCUCAAGCGUUAGUUUAAGUGAAAGGAGGAGGAACAAAAUCAAAAGAAAAAGAAGACGUUCAAGAUCGAUAAGUACCGAAAGAAGGAUUAAGGAGAAACACAGAAAUAUAGAAGAUGAAGACUCAGAGGAAAGUGAUAGCAAAUGGAGGAGAAGAAAAAGGGAACGAAGUAGAGAUAAAUAUAAAGAAAGAUAUAGGGAAAGAGAAAGAGAUAGGGAUAAAGAAAGGUAUAGGGAUAAAGAAAGGUAUAGGGAUAAAGAAAGAUAUAGGGAUAAAGAAAGAUAUAGGGAUAAAGAAAGAUAUAGGGAUAAAGAAAGAUAUAGGGAUAGAGAUAAGGAUAUAGAUAGGGAAAGACACCGACAUAGAGAAAGAGAUAGAGACAGGGAAAGAGAUAGGGACCGAGAACGAGAACGAGAACGCGAAAGAGAAAGACGUAAAAGCUACAAGUUUGAUUCUCCUCCGCACUCAUGUGAUGAAGAUGAUAAUAUAAAAUUAUCGAAGAGCACAAUUUCAAAUAACAACAAAUCGAUGAGCAUUUUAAGUAAUAGUGUGCCAACAUUAAAUAGUAACAAUAUAGUAUUAAAUAAUGAUUUAUCUGUAGUUAAUAAUUCUAGUUCUAAUAACAAUAUAGAAAGUUUAAUACAGACUUUGAAUAGUAAUAUUCUGAGCACUAAUAAUAGCAGCCUAACAACUAGUCGUAUUUUAAAUAAUAAUAAUAAUAAUAAUAAUAAUAAUAAUAAUAAUUCGAUAUUAAACGAGAGUAACCUUAUAAGUAACAAGUUAAGAAACAGUUUGUUAUUAGAAGAAAAGAAUUUAUUAUUAAAACAAUCACAUUUGAAUUUAUUAUUAAAUAAUCAAUUGAAAUUAAAUAAUGUAAUGUCUUUACAAAAUUUAUAUAAGAAUGUAUUAAAUAUAAAUGACUUAAAUUUACCAACAAUAGAUGUAAAUAUAGAGAAGACAGCUAGAGAAUUAUAUGUUGGUAACAUUCCACAACAUAUAGAUAUACAGGAAAUUGUAAAAUAUUUAAAUUCUUGUUUAUUAAUUUUAUAUAAUAAAGAAAAUGAAAAUGAGAAUAUUUGUUUAAAAGCAUGUAUAAGAGGUGAUACGCAUUAUGCAUUUGUAGAAUUUAGAAAUAUUCAGGAUACAUCUAAUUGUAUGUUAUUAAAUGGUAUUAAUUUUUAUGGAAAUAAUCUAAGAAUUGGAAGACCCAAAACCUUUCCUAUUGAAUAUCAUAGUUUAAUACCACAAGCAACUAUACCGGUCAUUGAUAAUUAUUAUUUAUCUCAAGGUUUAAUUGGAUUAAGGUCUUUUAUUAUUUUUUGUAAAAAUGAAGAAAAGAUGAAAAAUGAUGGAUUACCUGUUAAUAUGAUAAAAUUACAAAAACUGUGUGUAUCGAAUAUAUCAAGGAAUAAUGAUACAAGUAAAAUUAAAGAAUUAUUAGAAGCAUUUGGAGAAAUUAAAAAUUUCGAAUUUUUUUAUGGAGAUGAAACAUCAGACACAUAUAUAAGUCUAGUAGAAUAUGUAAAUACUGAGAAUGCUAUACAAGCACAUAAAAUAUUAAAUCAAAAUACAAGUUAUAAAAUCCAAUUCGAACAUGAAAUAAUUAACGAUCCUCAUAUAAAUAAUAUAAUUAAAAAUAAAUAUAUGAAAACAGAAAAUUCUAUACUAUCUCUACAAGUUCCUACCAAGGUAAUCGUUCUUAAUAAAAUAGCAACCUUUGAGGAACUUUCGGAUUCUAGUGAAUAUAAGGAUAUAAUAGAAGACAUCAAAAUUGAGUGUGAAAAAUAUGGAAAGACAUUGGAGGUAGUGUUACCUGUUUUUUCGUAUAGAACGUAUGAGUAUUUGAAGAGGGUAUCAAAACAAACACACCCUGGAAAUGUUGACCAUUUGCAAGGUCCCAUGGAUAAAGAAAAUAAUGUAGAAAAAGAAGAUAAUGUAGAAAAAGAAGAUAAUGUAGAAAAAGAAGAUAAUGUAGAAAAAGAAGAUACUGUAGAAAAAGAAGAUACUGUAGAAAAAGAAGAUAAUGUAGAAAAAGAAGAUAAUGUAGAAAAAGAAGAUAAUGUAGAAAAAGAAGAUAAUGUAGAAAAAGAAGAUAAUGAUGAUAAUAAUAAUUAUGAUGAUGAUAAUGAAGAAGAAGAUUUAACACAUCCUAAUUAUGACCUUACAUCUAUAGGAUGUGCCUUUAUCCAUUUUGAAAAUAUAGAAUCUGCAACUAAAGCUAGAAAAGAAUUAAGUGGUAGAAAAUUCGGAGCAAAUAUUAUUGAAGCAAAUUAUUUUAGUGAAAAAAAAUUCUUAAUGAAAAAUUUUAAAAAUGUAAAAUAUAAUUUUAAAAAAUCGCAUUCUUCUCUCUUUAAUGUAAACUUAAAAUUAGGUAAUUUGACCUACUCAGAUUGUUCAGAUGAUGAGUAA